AUGACGCCUCCUUCUUCGCUCGACCUGCUUUACCUGACUUUCAACUGCGCAAAGAACCUCCUCGAUGUCCCCGUCUUUGCAGCCCACGUGCAGACCGCUCUAAGCCAAAAUGCUACGACCCUGCCCGACAUAGUUGUCCUUUCUCUCCAGGAGCUGGCACCUCUGGCUUAUUGCUUUAUCGGCGGCUAUUUCCUGAACCCAUACCUGGUGCGAUACGAAGAGGCUGUCAAUACGGCUGCGAGACGACAUCUUCAUGACGGCAGCCCGAGUUCUAAUGGCACGGUUACGCCCACCAAGCCUUACACCCUCCUCCGAGCGAACAACGUCGGCUACACCGCCAUCCUCCUAUUUGCUCGCGAUCCCUCACGGCUUAAGAACAUCCAAGAGGCGGAGGUCGGGUUUGGAGCCGCCGAGAUGGGAAAUAAGGGCGCUGUUGGCUUGCGCAUGCUAUACGAAGCCGACGGUGGCUCAUCUACAGAGCUGACGUUUGUCGCCACGCAUCUCGCGGCCAUGGAGUGGAACCUGCCCCGGCGCAAUGCCAAUUGGGCUGCCAUCAUGAGGGGUAUGGCCUUUGAGAACCCCGAGGAGGUUGUCAAGAGCUUCAAAACUUCGGUUACCCCAUCUCCAGCUUCAACUCCGCCUGCUGAGGAGCCACCUGAGCGUGUACGCCUCCUCGACGAGCAGCACCACGAGCAGCACUCGCGGCUCCAGCAGCAGCUGCACAACAUCUCGGUAUUCAAGCCUUCAUCCCAUCUUUUUGUCGCAGGCGACCUCAACUAUCGCAUCUCUACCACUUCCCCACCCCCCGAUGCCGCAUUCCCGAGCCUCAACCCGGAUUCGGAGAACUACUACCCAGACUUCUUCCGUCUCGAUCAGCUCACACGCGAGCGUAUCGCUGGUCGUACGCUACAUGGCCUGUCGGAGCACGAAGUGCGCUUCCCACCCACGUACAAGUACGACGUGCUACCACCAAAGCCUGGAACUCAGGAACCGGAGCUUGAUGUGCCUUGGCGUUUCGCAGUGCACCGCUACCCCAGCUGGACUGACCGAAUCCUGUUCCUCGAAGUGCCUUCUUGGCUCCAGGGCAAGACUAGCGAGGUGCCCAAGCUCAAUGUCCGUGCCUACGACUGUCUUCCGGUCUUACGCAUGAGCGAUCACCGCCCCGUCUUCUUACGGGUUGACGUGCCCCUCAUCUCACCAAGCGAUCUCGCCCCGCCAUCGGGUCUAGACCCUGACACGAGCAGAGACCCUCGUGCCCGGCUCCCCAUCGAGAUAGACCCGGAGGCCUGGGAGCGCCGUGCAGCUGCACGUCGCAAGGAGGUGAUGGCGGGCUGGAGCAUGUUCCUCUGGAGCACCAAGCAGGGCGCCUAUAUCCUGGCUGCCGUCCUUGUCUUCGGUGCCAGUGCGUACUGGCUGUACCACUCACUCUAGAGCAACUCAGGCCUUUGCCUCCAUUUUCAGUCAAGCAGAACCUUUGAAAGGGCGUUUGGUUGCUUUGAGAUUCCGAAUCAUGUGUUUAUGCCCAAAGAUGGUGAUGGGCAAGUCAAUCUGCCAUUGCUAUACACGUCUCACAUAUAUAUAUAUGAGCUCCAUUCCCCGAUGGAAUUGGUGGACGAGCAUUUCCCUCUCUUUCUUUCCUUUCAAUGACGACAUGUUUAGAUAGACCCAUGGGAGCAGGCGAACCGGUCAUGCAUCAUACAGAUACCUACAUACAUUAGUUUCUUUCAUUGCGUGGAACAGGAACAGGAACAGGGGGACUUGGGGGCGGCGAGUCAGUGCAUGGGAUGGGAUGGGACGAGGAGAUGAAUCAUGUUUAACAAGACCAUUAUUAGAUGCUGUUCAGUUUAAUAAGCUCAUGGCAUAUC